AUGGCACGCAAAAAGAUCUGCAUAGUGGUAUAUGGUGAUGGCCUGGCCACACCAGAGGUGUGGCCCUCUGAUGCAGAGGCCAAGAAACUCCUCAAGAAAUUCAAGGACAUGACAGAUGUUGGCAGCUUCAAGAAGAUACAGAAUCAAGAGGAAUUCCUCCACAGUCGCACGGUAAGACUCCAUGAGCAGGUGAGCAAGUUGGACCAUGAGAAUCAUGAGCGUGAGACCUUGGUCCUCCUGUAUGAUAGCUUGGAUGGAUGCCGCCCAGGCCUCGUUGGCACCACCAAGGAUGAGCUGAUUAGCCUUAGGGAGAUGGUGGAGACGAAGAUGAGCAAAGCCAAAGCACGACUCCAGGAGCUUGUCGUUGAGCAGGGAGCCGUGCCAGAGCCAUUGCAGGUGAUGCAAUCAGUUUCAUCCUCAUCGUGUACACAGGCUUCUCCCUACACCUACAAUGAGAUGCAAACCAUGGCACCACUAGAGGAACACCAGUUGCAGCAAGACUGGCCGAUAGCCAGCCCAGGCCCAAACUUUGGGGAGAUUGGCACUAUGCUCUAUAGUGCCUUUGUAGGCAGCAGCAGGGACGCCAGCGGCAGUGGAGUUCCUGGACAUCACAGUUGUGCGGCAGAGUUGCUUUUGGUUCGCUCAGCGGAGCUCCUCGGUUUCCACGUAUUCAAGGACGCUGGUGCUGGUUCUCCAGGAGCCCUGUUCCGCACUCAUCGCUCAACAAAUUUAGUUGACAAGUCUUUAGUAAAUGGCUUCUAUGAGCAGGGCCUUGAUCCUCAACUAUUCAAGUAG